ACUGAUCGGAAGAAAAAAGAGAGCAUCUUUGAAUUAUCCAAAUUUCUCGAUAAGAGAGUCCGAGUGAAGUUUCAAGGUGGCAGAGAAGGUAAGUGUAGGCAUUUCUUUAUGAAAGCAAAUGUUCAGGAAGAAAAAAUGCGCCCAGUUUCAAUUCGACGCGUUUGUGACACGCCUCUGUACUCUGUAAAACCAGAAGUUCCAAAAUUAUCAGAAGAGUACUUCUUUAUGGUCAAUCUUUGUUAAUAUAUUUUAACUUUCCUGGGAGAAAACACUCUCUCUUCACUGCCAGCAAGCAAGACUUGCAGGAAAUAAAUAUCUCAGCUAGCCAUGUACAAUGAGGGAUACUCCGGAUUUCAAGUGACGGGGGUGAUCAAAUUGGGGCAAAAAUCAAAACCCCAAAAAAUCCGUAGACCAAAAAUUAACCUCCAAAAAAAAUCCCAUGGCGAAGCUCCAAGCCUUAAACAUUUCCAGAAAGCUUAAAUGAUAUAGCACGUUGUGCUUCAUUUGGUUGUAGUUAUUUGCAGAACUACGACGGUCACUACCAGGAAUCUUCAGAUUGUUUUGAAUACCCCCAAAAAUUCCUACUUAAAUCAAGCUACCCCAAAAACUACUUGCCGAAUUUUCCUACCCAAAAAAAUCCCGGAAACGAAAAUGUCAAACCCCGAAAAAUCCUUCGAUCAUCCCUGUCACUUAAAAUCUGGAGUACCCUCCCUGGGGUUUUACCCCAUCUAACAGUUUACCAGUCAAGGAGCCCAGUUUUCUCUUAGUAAAUGGAACGUUUCAUUUGUUAUUUGUACCCACCUCCCCUUGCAUGGAGCACAUGAUUCCACCAGGCCCUUUUCUGUUUGCCCCCUAUGGAUGGUAAGAUUCUGACAGGCUAAUUCUGCCUGAAAUUUGGAUUGCAACACCGUCAUAAUUAGGGAUUGUGACAGCUACCAUACAGGGAAGAAUUCAAUUCUGACUCCUCUUUUAAAUCAAAUUAUAAUGAUUCUCAACACUGGUGUUCAAUAGUGAUUCUGUAGCCCUUAUACAUGUGUAUUGGAAUUUCCAAUCAACACCAACGCAUGUUGAAUACCAUUAUAAUAUGUUAGUGGUUGAAAUGUCAUACCAGCAAAGUGACCCUGUCACAAUGACACCAUGAUCUUUCAUUGUUAAGUUUUCUAAUCUAGUUGCAACUUGAUUUUCAGCCACAGGGGUAUUGAAAGGUUAUGAUGCAUUACUAAAUGUAGUACUAGACAACACAACAGAAUAUUUGAGAGGUGGGUGAUGUCUACUUUUUUGUGCCCACAUUUACGGUACCUCAAGUCCUGAGAUAUUAGUAUAACUUCUAAAAAUAAUUAAAACGUGCAUGUUACAAUGGCCAAAAGAACACAGGCACCUUUCCUGCCAGGGGCAUAGCCAGCCCAUAGACCUGUAGGCCCAGGUCUACAAAUUUUUUGUUUGAUCACUCUACUGCUUUAAUUAUGCAUUGUUGGGAUGAAAGCCUAAGAGCUCAAAGUGUUGAUGAGGUCAGUGCGUACUAGUCAUGCGUGCAAUUUUCAGGAUGGCUAAGCCCCUGCCUGCUGGGGCAGCUUAUAGACUUUGACAAAUACGUUGAUUGCAUUUCUAAAGCUGCUGACUUCUUGUUAGUAAUAAAAACAAUGAGAAGAGAACCUUCAGUGUGAUAAUAUUUUUUAUUACUAAUUCAUAUCUGUGAAACUGUCGAUUUUCUUACAAUCAGUGACUUGUUACUAUCAAACUGCUCUUGGGGAAACACCCUUUCCAACCACUACAAGGAAUAUUUCAGGCUACCUCUCUCUUCUCUUGGGGUUAUAUUCCAGUAAUCAUAAAAGGUAAAAUGUCAUACAUAUUAUCCUGAGUUACUGUUGUGGAGGAAACUAAAGCCCGUAAUGUGAUCCUUAAUACUACCCAGUUUAGUACUAGCCACAAGUUUAUAACAAGAUUGGCCUUUUUUUUGUAAUUUUAUUUGUCUCUUUACCCAUAGAUCCUGAUGACCCAUUCAAACUAACUGAUGAAACUAGGCAGCUUGGCUUGGCUGUCUGCCGUGGAACUGCUGUAGUGUUAAUUUGUCCUGUAGAUGGAAUGGAACCUAUUGCAAACCCAUUCUUACAACAAGAAUGA